AUGUUUGGCACUUCGAACAGUGAUACAAGUCAAGCAUUGCCCACCCUCCUCCGACUGGCAGCAGCUGCCCAUCCUCUUUCGACUUCGGCCCAAGGCGUCAGCCUUCGUGUCUGCUACCUCGACGGCUUCAAGUCCUACAAUGGCUUGAGCAAUUCUGCCGUUUUUCCCAUUCUUAUGCGGCUGCCAGGGGACGUGGAGGAGCUGACGCGCGAGACGUGUGGUGCGUCUGUUGACGGUGUUUGCUCACCCAGCUCGUCUGGCGCAAGCACUGUUUACUACUCACCACCUGGAUUAGUCGUCUCUCCUCUGCGUCGCCCACCCUCCCCUUCUAUUCCUUUCUCCUCUCCCUUCAUCCUUUCCCAAAACCACCCUCGAAAUGCUUCUUUUGUCACUGCUGCGUCGUUCUUGUCAUCUCCAACAGCUUCGCAGCAGUGUUCACCCUCUCGAGAACCACGACUUGCCUGUGAGCGUCACUCGUUCAACCUUUCGUCCGAUACAGCACUUUCGUCCGAUACAGCAGAUUCUAUUUCCUCUGAGUCUUGCUGCUUUUCAAUCACUUCGCCCACAAUGGCUCUUCAUUGUCUCCACCGCUUCAUAAGAGAUCGAGAUCAUCAGAGAAACUCCUCCCCUCCCCCUAACGCCCCAACAGCUCCCCGGGCUAUGCUCGCUGGUACUGGACCGGCGGCCGAUUCGAACCCUGUCACCUUUGCAAACCCCCAGCAGAUGCCUGGCGCGGACAACAUGUCGCACCAAGCUGGACGUGGGGUCCCUGCUCAACCUGUCCACACUGACUCUCGCUCGACGCAGGCUACGGACCAGGGUAGCAACCCUUCCCAGCCUGUUCAGUAUGGCGCAUCUGGCCUGCAGUAUGAGCAACAGAACCCGGUUAUGCCCCGAUCAUCUGUGCCGACUCGUGGUCCAGCUUAUUUCCAACAGCCCCUUCAGGUGAACGCACCUGGUAGCGCAGGCCCUCGCAUUCUCACUCCAGCUCAGCCUCGACAUCAGCCUCAAGCCUACUAUGCCCAGCCGCACCAGGGCCAGCAAUACCUAGAGCAGGUGCAUCAAGCUCAGCUUCUUCAAACCCAGCUUCACCAAGCUCGACAACUCCAGGCUCAGCUAAACCAAGGUCCACGAUACGAUCCUCGUCUGCUCGAAGCCCAGUAUCGUCAGGCUCAGUAUCACCUGGCCGAGUACUACCAGGCCUACAAAUACCUAUACGAUUGCCACGCGCAGCAGCAACAGGCCUUUCAACAACAGACUCAGCCGUGUCGUCACCGGGGUCAAUGGUACGGACCACGCUUUUCUGUUCCCGUUGGGUACCAGCCGGUGGCCGCUGUGCAAGCACAGCAGGGAUCGAACGAGGACCCAUUCUACUGUCCUCCCAACAGUUAUGUUGCGCCGCCUGGUCAGGUUGCUCUUGGUCCAUCGCUUAGCAUCCCCCGGGAGCAAGCUGGCUCGGAGAUUUUUGGAGAGCAGGGAGAAUCUUCGCGUGGGGCACGUCGACAGGGGCAUGCCGAAACACGGCAAUCUUACCCUGGAAUUGGACAUGCGUGGAUAUCUACCAACCAACAAGGACCUGGAGAAGGACAGCCUCAAGUCAAUGGGGGUCAAGGUGCACCCGAAUCCGCUGCUCCCCCAACUUUCGCGCCAACUUGGCCGCCUCCAUGGAAGACGUCUGUUAUAAUGAUUUCUGCAGCCGGUCCUCUCAAUCUUGAUCUCUCUGGCAUUUGGAGUUAUUCUGAUCACCAGGGAAGCUCUUCAGAAUCCGAAACCUCGGAGCUCACAGAUGCUACCAUCACCGAGCAUCUGGCUCUCACAGCAGUGGGGUCCCUAAACGACAAGGUGCCAAAGAAAUAUAGACGCGAGCAUGAGACACCCUGCGCACAGUCCUCUCAUGCAGCAAGUCGGCUGCGCCAUGAUGCGAUUCCAUUCCCCGAAUGCCUGGCUGCCGGAAUGGAAAGUGCCCUAGAUUCUCCCGAAAGCCGUCCAUCCUCUCCAAGGAGCGAGGAAGAUACUCCAUGUCCUUCACCAGGCCAACGCUCCGGCAUGAAGGAAGGCCACCAGCCCCACGGCCAAUCCAACGUGUCAAAUGGCUUUCUAUCUCUUAUGGUCUGGAUGAACAACUUCCGCGCGGAGCAGGCUGCCAAGGGCAAGGAGAAAGCUGCUGCUGCAGAGUCGGAGCAGCAAGCUGAGCAAUCUGGGUCUGGAGAACGUGGCCACGAGGCAAACACUGGGCAUGCAUUCGACCAUGGCAAAGAGGCUGCUAGAGACCAUGGGUCUGGAAGAGACGAUUGCAGCAAUUCAGCUGAGCUGCCAAGUCCAUGCACAUCGCCUCGCUCUUGGCUCAACGAUCCGGAGGGUGAUCAUUGCAUCCCCUUCUUCAACGACAAUCGAGUUCGUUACCCCCGGUGGCCCGCAGUCCAACACAACCCAGUGUGCUAUGGACGCGUGCCAACCGUCAAUGGGGCGGAAACGAUAAGCUCGGUCCCUUCGAAGAGUCCUGAGCCCGUUCCUGAAGCUCAGGCUUCAGAGACUGUUCGUCCACGACAUCGCUCGGUUCGCUUCGCGGACCCCCCUCACUUGAGCCCUGUCACUUCUCGGGCUGCGAAUCCAACCACUCCUCGCGUUCGCGAGUUGGAAACCGUGGUUGAGGGGGUUGAGUCCGAGUUCCCCCAGAGAAGGGGUUACUCGGCGGGCGAGCGAUCCGUCCGGCGUAUACGCCACCGGCGUCGUGGACGCCGUUAA